GGGUUCAGACUAAACGCAAUGUUGUUUGUAUGACCUUCGCCAGAAGUGAUAGCCGCGACAUUUCCAAUCAUCAACUCUAAUUCCAACUCUGCUGAAGAAACCAUGUCGGAGAAAAAGAGAGCCCUGUUCAUCUGUUUAGGCAACAUCUGCCGGUCGCCAAUCGCCGAGGCGGUCUUCCUGAAGACGAUCGCCGACGCCGGUGUGGCCGCCGACUGGGAGGUGGACAGUGCCGCGAUCGGUGCCUGGCACGUCGGCAAGAGCCCGGACCACCGCGCGCUGUCCACCAUGAAGAAGCACGACCUGCCGUACGACAACCGGGCGCGGCAGAUCAAGAAGGCCGACUUUGACAAGUACGACUACAUCUUCGGGAUGGACCGCGAGAACAUGUCCGAUUUGGCGCGGCUUGCGCCGGGGGCGGGCUCGAAGGCGAAGCAGCUGCUGCUGGGGGAUUUCGACGGGGAGGCGCCGGGGAAGAUGAUCCGGGAUCCGUACUAUGACGAUGGUGCGGAGGGGUUCGAGCAGUGCUACGUGCAGUGUGUGCGUUGUUGUGUCGGGUUUUUGGACAAGGUGAGCAAGGGGGAGAUUUGAGGAGUGGGUAAUAAAGGUUGAGUUGAGCGAUUGGAAA